AUGCAGUUUUCCGAAGAGACAAAGGAGCGCAUCUCCAAGGUCAUCGACGUUUCGCGGGUUGCUAUUCACUAUGGAUAUCUUCCAUUGAUUGUCUACCUUGGAUACACAUAUAGCGAGCCACGACCGGCUCUUUUCAAGUACGAUAUCAACCUCCGGAUUCCUAUUGACCUCUCAAACUUACGCGGCUUCUCGUUAGACUCCUCUCUCCUCUCGCAUAAACCUCUACGAUGA